UAUUUUUUGCUCUGCAUGGUUUGCUUACAGUUUGUUGUUCUUGUAUCCUUAUUACCAGGGAGACGGGACAACUCCAAGUUCUAAGUGCCCACCACCAAUCUGGAGGAGAACGGUCUGUUUCAACCAUUCUUUACCUAGUUUCUCUGCAAGACCUAACAAAUUGCCCCUUUAGAGUGGUGGAUGAAAUAAAUCAAGGAAUGGAUCCUAUCAAUGAGAGGAAAAUGUUUCAGCAACUAGUGCGAGCUGCCAGCCAACCCAAUACACCGCAGUGCUUUUUGCUUACUCCAAAGUUGCUCCCUAAUCUGGAAUACAGCGAAGCAUGCAGCAUUUUGACUGUAAUGAAUGGUCCUUGGAUUGAGCAGCCAUCCAAAGCUUGGAGUGGUGGAGAAUGCUGGAGGUCUGUGAUGGGACUAAUGGAGGAACGUUGUCGCUGACUAGAAGCAGAAAUACUUUAGGUAGAUUCGAACAGGAAUUGUCCAUAAGAAAAAUUUGCUUCCUUGUUGAUCUGCCAUUGCGCUAGUUACAAGCUGAAUCAUGGUCGCUCAGCUAUGUUUUUUGAAAAAUCUGUUAUUACUGGCCCUUGUUCUAAAAUAACAUAAUUCUUUUGUACGCUUAAUUCAUAAUAUGCUACCCUUGUUUAUUGUAACAUAGAAAAUACGUCUGUUCUCAGGUACUCCUCUGUUUGAACUCUCAUUAAAAUGGUCCUCCAUUCUCUUUUGUUA